AUGUCGCAAUUGUUGCCUGCUAAUUGCAUGCAAAGUCUGCCAGCCAAACUUGUGACGUUUUUAACCAGUAUACAGCCACAGUUCAAUGCACUUAACAAACGUACAGCACAUUUGGAAUCUCUUGCUGCCAAAAAUGUCCAAUUACAUGCUCAAUUAGCUAAUGUCCAGCAGGAGAAUGCCGAUCUCCGAUCUCAAUUGUUGCAAAACAAUGUGACUGGUCCUGUUCCCAGCUCGGCUUCUCUUCCUGUACCCCAGUCAACUGCAGAUCUUGGAACUGCUGCCUCCACUUGGGCCACCAAAACAAGCUUGAUUCUGCCAGCCAAGACAUCUCAAGUUCCUUCUGCCCACCGGGUUGCUGCCUCUCAAAGACUGUUCUCUGACAAAACUGGUCCUGAUGGUUUUGAAUAUGUUUAUAUUCCUCGCUCACGUUGUAUUACGCACAGUGAAGUGCGCCGCUCUCUCUGCACUCUUGAUGUUGACACUGGUCACCUGUUAGAUAUUAACUUUCCUGCUCGUGAAGUUAUUGGAAUUCUUGUUCAUGUGCAGUAUCUUGAGGAAUUUAAGUCCCAAUUAGCUAGUGCUAAGGUCUCUUUUGUCAACAACUUUGAUCCACUUGAUCCUAAAAAUGUUGCUGAUCCCAAGUUUGCCAACUUGUCUGUCUCUGGUCUUGAAACCCAGGCUUUGGUUCUCCAAAAUGCCCGCUGUCUUCAAGCUCUCAAGUUUUUGCGUUCUCACUUGGUCCUGCCAGUUGCUCACUUCUUUGUCCAGUCAGGAUGGAUUGGACUUGAGGAAAUUCCUGCCCAACCAGUAGCUGAGCACUUUGGAUUAUGGAAUGCUAAUGGACUUCAACCUCGUGCAAUUACAGACGUGCUCAACCACUGUCAAUCUCUUUAUAUGCUUUUUAUAACUGAAACAUGGCUCUUAUCCCCAGCCCGUCUUCCAACCUUAUGGUCUCAGUUUCAUCUCUAUGGAUCUCCUGUUGCUGGAAACUACCAUGGAUCAAUAGGGGUGUCAUUGUUAGUCUCUCCUUCCUGUCCUUAUGCUGUCACACAAAUACCUAUGCCCAACAACUAUGCUCUUGCUGUCAAGAUUGGUACCCUUCAACUUAUAUGCCUUUACUUACCACCCUCUAUGCCCACUCAUAAAGCUCUUGAUAUCCUCUCAGCCAUUCCUUUAACUGAUGAUAUCAUUAUAUGUGGAGAUUUUAAUGCACACCUUGGUUCAGUAACUGGUGACUAUGUAUCUAACUCUCGUGGUGUAGCUUUAGAGCAAUGGCUUGAAGAACGAUCUUUAACUGUCCUCAAUGGAGUUCUCUCACCAUGCACACCCACAUACAUUUCCUUUUGUAACGAAGUUGAAAUCAGCAGCAUCAUUGACCUUUUCAUCACCAACACCAACUUCGCCAACCCUUCUUUACACAUUGCAACCGAACUAUCUUUAGGCUCUGAUCACCGACUUCUCUCACUUUCCUUUACUUAUGACUUGCAACACUCACCACCAGCACCUCCACCUAUGCACCAAACUUGGAAUCUGUCACGUCUUUAUGAAGAUAAUGUCAGAUCAUUAUAUGUCACCACCUUUGUCACCAAAUCCGCCUCCCUUCUCACCACACUGAAAGACCUUGUUCAGAAUCCGCCAACUAUAUGUCCACCCAUUGAUGCUCUUACUAACUCUUUCAAUGCACUCAUUUAUGACUCUCUUAGUAGCUCAAUUGGUUCUCGCCCCCCUCGCCCCUCACAUUGGAAAUCGUUUUGGACCCCUGCAUUGCAAGCUGCAGCCGACCAUAGAGAUGGUUGUUACAAGCAAUGGCGUCGAGUUUGUGGCAUUGACAAGAUCAAUUGGUGGAGCUGGCACCAGCAUGCACACAAGGAGUUUCGUCAGCAAGUUCAGACAGCAAAGUAUUUGUCUUGGCAUGCUUUUUGCUGCUCAAUGAGCUCGGAUUUCAACAAGGUCACAUCUAAGAUAAAACAGUUGAAACGGUGCAGACAACCACAACACACAUUUCAGCAUAAUGAUGGCCCAGCAGUCGCAGCAACAGUUAUGUGUGACCAUCUUGCAUCUGUCUAUAGUGGACAUAUUCUUCCUGACAUUCGACCUUCACCACCACCACUCAACACCUCUCUCAUGCCUUUUGCCUCUGUUGACUCCCCAUUCACCUCAUCAGUGGUGGAGGCCUUCAUGCAAUUUAUGCCUAACUGCAAGGCGCUGGGUCCUGACCACAUCCAUGCAGAAAUGCUAAAGCCCAUUCAAGCUUUAGGACUUCCUACUAAAUUAGCUCCAUAUCGAUCUGACACAGUUUACCUGGCAGUAUGA